UCAUCGAUUUCCUCUCCCACUUCUCUUCUCUCUCUCUCUCUCUCUCUCUCUCUCUCUCUCUCACACACACACUCAAAAACUGCUCUCUCUAUAUCUUCUUUUCUUCGUCUCUUUCUUUCUCUCUCUGCCUUCAAUUUAUGUAUAUAUAAUACAUACUCUCACACUCACAUGUAUCUGUGCAUUAACAAACCCUAGAGUUAGAGAGAUUGGUUAGGAAGAAAUUUAGGCCUGUUAGAUAACUUUAAUUGGGGAUCUGAAACUCCCUCUUUCAAAAUGGCGGAUAUACAGCCACCGGAGGGUCAUCUGAACGGCGGUAGUGUCGGCGGAGUUUCAGUAGAUAGAGGAGUAGGUGCGCCAAUUGCAGUUACAUCAUCGGAAACCGUCGGUUCCAAGCGGCAGCGGAGGCCCAGCGUCCGAUUGGGGGAAAUCGGCGGUGACCAGCUCUAUGACACUCAUCCGCGGAGAACUAGUAAUAAUAAGCAGUGGAAGCAUCAUCAGCUCCUGUCUCUCGAUCAUAAAAAGGACCCGAAUUCCUCUAAUAAAGGUUCCAAGACCAGAGCUUUAACCAAUUUAACGACUAGCGGUGAGUUUGCUGAAACCCUAGAUGAGGAUAAAGAGGUUAAUUUGGAUUCUAUUGCAAUUGGAAGCUGGAGAGUCAAGGAUUCGAAAAAGCGUGCUUCUAAUGCCACUACGAAGCGAGUCCGAUCCAAUUGGGUUUCCAAAAUUGACGAUGGUGGGGGUGGUGGCAGCCAUAAUAAUGUCGAAGGGGACGAGAAAUACAGCGGUGGAGAAGAUGUGGAUGAUACUUACCGUGAAUUCGACAUGGAAAAUUCGGAUAGUCCACUAAAAGAACAGAGUCCUGUUCACUCCCUUGAGAAUUUGGGAGAUGGCAACGAAAGAAACGAGAGAGAAAUGUAUUACAAUAGAAGGACAAUUAGAGCAAGGGAUAAUCAUAAUCAUAAUCGUCUUCAUGAUGGGGUUGAGUUAUCAGGUCCUUCAGAUACUGACGCCAGGGAUUACAGGAAUAAUGGGAGAUGUGGCGGUGGAGGGGAGGAUGGAGUCAGGAUUUGGCUUAAUAGUAUAGGUUUAGGGCGGUAUGCGCCAUUUUUUGAAAUCCAUGAAGUGGACGAUGAGGUGUUACCAAUGUUAACACUGGAGGAUUUGAAGGAUAUGGGAAUUAAAGCAGUUGGUUCGAGGAGAAAGAUGUUUUGUGCAAUUCAAAAGCUUGGGAAAGGGUUUUCUUGAUGAUUUUUGGUGAGCUUGUAGUUUUGGUUUUCACUGGAGGAUUAUGUCUCAGCAUGGCAAUUAAAGAUGCAUCAUGUCUGAACUUAAUUGAGUAAUUUUUGUUUUUAUCUUGUAGUAGAAGUAGCAAUAAUUUUUUUUGAAUGAGUAGGACAUUUUGGGUAAUUAUUUCUUAUUGCACUA